GUCAUGUUUUGGGGUUCCAUUUCAAUGCUACGCAGCCUUAAAUGCUACGAGCAUUGAAUGGUCUGGAUUCAUGGGACCAUAAUAAAAGCAAUAACCCAAACCAAUCCAGGCCAUCAAAUGCUCGUAGCAUUUAAUGCUACAUAGCAUGGAAAAUUUUCCAUGUUUUGAUGAAGAUGUGCAUGAACGUUUUAUCACUAAGAUGACCAUGUUAAGAUGAAGAUGGUGUUUGAGAUCAUUUAGGAUCUUAUAGAGAUUAAUCCUAUUCACUAUCCAAGAGAGUCUGUAAUAGGGAUGGUCCUUCAUGCAGGUUGGAUUAGGAACAAGCAAACCAUUAGAUUUUGGGGAACCUUAGUCAUUGAGAGUUUAAAGUAUAUUGUCUGCUUCUUAGAACUGCCAAUAAAUGAAAUUAUCGGUAGAGAAACUGGCCCAAAAAUACAUACUAGUUAGUACAAACCCACACGUAGACAAAUGAUUAUGCUUACAUUUGGCAAUUCAGAUCUUUCCUUGAUGGUUGGUUUAAAGGAAGCAUUACAUGUAAACUUUUGACGUUCAAAUCUGUGUAUUUCAAAUAUACCCUGAAGUUAUGACUUCUUAGUUUCAUCAAUCAACUGGCUUAGUACUUGUGUGAUGCAUGUGUUUAAUGAUAUUUAAAAAAAGCUAGCAUAUAUUAUGGUAAAUUCCUAUUUGAUAAGAUAAAUGUGUACCAUUUACAUGCUGGAUUUUUAAAAAAAAAUAUAAUUUCAGUAAAUUUCUACAUAAAAAAUUUAAUGUGCAAUUGUGCAUACAUUGAUUUAGUAUACAUAUAUUUUGUAUGUGCAUUUGUGUAGCAGAUGCCUAACAUUGCUUUCGCAGUUUUUGGAAGGCAUUGUAUGCAAUCGAUUUCUCAAUUUAUCAACUUUCCAGUGGGUGUUUCGAGAUGAAAAUUUCUUAUAAGUUGUGUUGUCUUUGUCCUACUUAAUCGGAAGCUUCUUUUGUCAAACAUAUUUCCUCAUUUAAAAUCGAUAGCCUCCAAUCAAUUCCCACAAUGCAACCUGACAAAAAUAUUUUCUACCACUGCCAAAUGCAAUAAUUAGCAUGUCAUCUGGCCUUUAUGGUGGUGAAAAGUCAUACUUGUUGGGUUUAAAGGACAUGAAAGAAGAUGCGGUUGGAAUUUAAUCUUCGUGAUUAUUAUAUACGAGUUUGAAGUCAUUUGAUCAAGUAUUCAAAUAUAUGAUGAGUUGUUCUCCAUCAAAAUUUAUCUCAUCAUUUUUUAACAUCUCACAUCUCUUACAUCACAGUACCACUAAAUUCGGAAUUGAAUUUACCCUUUGAAGUUUUCAGCAUCACCUGAUCCAUCGUAGAAAGUCAGAGGUCUCAAAUUAAUUUUUACAGGUCUUUAGACUUCAGAUGAAGUGUAUCAAUGUGAGGUUUGUCACACGUGAUUUGUUUAAAAUUGCAAAUUUUUACACUAACAUGGUGAAUAAAUGAAAGAAAGGGUCUCAAAUUUAUUCAUAUGUGAUUGGAAAUGAUAUUUUGUUCUUAUUUGAUAUAGUGAAAUGUGGAAAAAAACUAAUACAUGUCCUUAUAUUAUUGGCAUGGGACGCCAUGUGGCGGUGAAACCGUGCCAUGCAAGUCCUUCUUCCAAUCAUGGCAUUCGGAGUGCCCCAACUAUCAUGAUUUUCAUCGUCGGUGAGAGAAGGGACACGAUAAUUGGUGCUGCACCUAAAAUCACAUUAACUAGCACCAUAGAGAAAUUUUUGUAGAGCUGGAUACGGAAACCCUUUGCAAGAUUUCUGUUUGUAGUAUUCUUUUCCUGUUGUUUUUCUUGUGAUGGUUACUACUUGAUUAGUUUGUCAAAUUCAGAAGCUUCUUUUAUCUCGUUUUUUGUUGAUUAUAUUAUGUGUGUUGAUCAUCUGUGUUAGUAUGCAUCUCAAACUUCUCCAAUAAUAUAGCCUCGCAGAAAAAUUCUUACCCCACUAAAGUAGUGGAGAUUUUAUAGGGUCAACUUCUGCAACUCUGAAAAUUUUCCACAUAAGACCCUACUGUGACCCGGGUCCUGCCUUUAUAAGCUGCUUUUUUCAUAUUUUCUACAAAUCUAGAACUUUUGAACUUUGACGUUUCUUUUGAAUCUAAAAGCUAAAACUGAACAGAGACCGUUCUUUUGAGUCAUUGUUUAUACGCACGUUGAUGUCUUUGAUCCGAAGACUAAGACUGUUUCUCUUGUAU